AUGGCUAGAUUCCAAGGAGGUCUUAACAGAGAUAUACAAGAUAGGUUGGAGCUACAAGAGUAUGAGGACAUGGAUGAACUGCUACAUAAGGCUAUUUUGAUUGAGCAGCAGAACAAGAGGAAGAGCUCUACCCGGUCUUCAUACACUCCUGCUUCAAAACCGGCCUACUCCAAGGAAGAUAAGCCAGGGGAUAAGUCCAAGGAGGUUCUUCUUCAGUGGAGACCAAGAGAGAUGACAAGGAGGAGGACGCCGGCCAAGAGUCUGAUGAGGAAGGCGGAGUACCCUGUCCGUGGAGAGCUAUUAGUCACCAGGAGACUUCUCAAUGCUCAACCUAAAAGCCAAGAAGAUGAGCAAAGGGAAAACUUGUUCCACACCAGAUGCUUGAUUCAAGAAAAGAUCACCAAGCAAGUGAAGGUCUUGCUAUCAGUGGGAAAGUACCAGGAUGAGAUCACUUGUGAUGUAGCACCCCUUGAAGCUAGCCACAUCCUUCUUGGACGUCCAUGGCAGUAUGAUAAGAGAUCAGUACAUGAUGGCUUUACCAACAGAUACACUUUUAUCCAUAAGGAAACAAGUUACCCUGGCGCCAAUGACCCCUCAGGAGGUACACCAGGAUCAGAUGCAUCUCAAAUGAAGAGAGGAGAGUCCAAGGCCGCCAGCAAGUCCUUGCUUCUUGAAGAGACCAGCCAGGUAAGUAAACUCAACCUCUUUGCUACUGCUAAAGAUAUCAAAACUGCUGUGAUUGAACAAUCAAAUUUGAUACUAGUGGUUUAUAAAGAAUUGUUGAGCUCUACUACUAACCCUGCUCCUGAGAUUCCAGAGGAGAUUGAGUGUCUUUUGCAGGAGUAUAGAGAUGUGUUCCCAGAGGACAAUCCCAUAGGAGCUACUUUACCAAACCGUCCAGCAUACAGGACCAACCCUGUGGAGACUAAGGAGCUUCAGAAACAAGUCAAUGAGCUAAUGGAGAAGGGACAUAUCAGGGAAAGUAUGAGUCCUUGUGUGCUCAAGACUAUGAAAGAACAUGUUAACCACUUGAAACAAGUUCUAGAUGUGCUUAGAAAAGAAAAUCUGGCAUACAGGUUGAUGAGGAAAAGUGUGAAAGCUAUCAGGGAGUGGCCGAUUCCUAAAUCUAUUGGAGAGGUCAGAAGUUUUCAUGGACUUGCUGGCUUCUACCGGAGUGAGAAACUAGGAGGCGCCACCUUGAACUAUCCUACCUAUGACAAGGAGCUGUAUGCCUUGGUGAGAGCUUUACAAGUGUGGCAACAUUACUUGUGGCCUAAGGAGUUUGUGAUCCAUACAGAUCAUGAAUCCCUUAAACAUCUCAAAGGGCAACAGAAGCUGAACAAGAGACAUGCCAGAGAAUCUGAGAAGCAUGCUAGUGGAAAAUUCUAUCAAGGAAGCUCACGCAGGAGGCUGAUGGGACACUUUGGAGUCGCCAAAACACUCUCCACCUUGCAGGAGCACUUCUACUGGCCGAGUAUGAAGAAAGAAGUGGAGCGUGUGUGCUCAAGGUGUGUCGUGUGCAAGCAAGCCAAGUCUAAGGUCCAACCAACAGGUUUGUAUACACCUCUCCCUAUUCCUACUGCACCAUGGGUUGAUAUCUCUAUGGACUUUGUCUUAGGAUUGCCUAGAACUAGGAAGGGAAGAGAUAGUAUCUUUGUGGUCAGGAAGAACAUUGAAGAGAGGACCAAGAUGUAUGAGAGGCAGAAGAACAAGGGGCGCAAGGAGCUAGUGCUUGAACCGGGUGAUCUUGUGUGGAUUCACAUGAGAAAGAGAGGAGGAGGGGAUGGUGUAGCCAUGACCAGAGACAUAGAAGAGGAGCUGAGCGAGACUGAUGAGAAUGAGCCAAGUGAUGAGACUCCCGUAGAAGAGAGUGUGAAGCUGAGGAUACUGAAGAGAACCAGAACCAGAGUGAGAUACCAUGUGAGCCAGCCAGUGUGUGGAGUGGACAGUAGUUACUAG